GUAUGGGUUUGUUGAGUUUGAUGACCCCCGUGAUGCAGACGAUGCUGUGUAUGAUUUGAACGGCAAGGAGUUGUGUGGGGAAAGGGUCAUUGUGGAGCACACCAAGGGCCCCCGUCGGGAUGGAGGUUAUGGUGGAAGAAACACCAGAGACGAGGCGCAUGCUUUACCACGAGGUGGCUGCAGUGACGCAGACUUUACGACGCAAUCUGAUGCCAAGGGUGGAUAUGGACGCUGGGGAAGAGACAGAUAUGGUCCACCGAUAAGGACAGAUUAUCGGCUCAUUGUUGAGAAUCUUUCCAGCCGCUGCAGCUGGCAGGACUUGAAGGACUACAUGAGGCAGGCAGGGGAGGUCACGUACGCUGACACCCACAAGGGCCGGAGGAACGAGGGGGUGAUAGAGUUCAGGCUGUACUCUGACAUGAAGAGGGCUCUGGAGAAGCUCGACGGCACUGAGGUGAACGGUAGAAAGAUCCGUCUCAUUGAGGACCGCCCUGGAGCCAAACGCAGGCGCUCUUAUUCUCGCAGUCGCAGCCGCUCCAGGUCCCGCUCCAGGAGCCGCCGUUCUCGCAAGAGCCGCAGCCGCAGUGAGAGCAGCAGUCGCAGCCGCUCCCACUCCAGAGCGGCUUCCCGCUCCCGCAGCCGAUCUCGCAGCAAGAAGAAUAAGGGUAAGAGCAAGAAGGAGGAAGAAGAGCGCAGCAACGGUGCUCCGAAGAACAAGGACCGCAGCAGGAGUCGCAGCCCCAAGAGCAAAAAGAGUAAGAAAGAAGGGAAGAAGAGCAAGAAGGACGACUCCAGGUCCAGGUCUCGCUCCCGCUCCAGGUCUCGCUCUAGAUCAGGGAUUAAGGAUCGUUCUAGGAAAUCUGGCUCAAAGGGCCGCGAGCCGGCUAAGAGUGACGACGAGGGAGGCGAGCCUGAGAGGGGCUCUCGCUCCCGUUCACGCUCGCCUGCUGAAUCCAAAUCCAGAGCCAGGUCUAAAUCAAAGUCCAAGUCCAAAUCCCGUUCCCCCUCACCUGCCAAAGCCCGCUCCCACUCCCGAUCCGCCUCCCGCUCAGAGUCCCGCUCCAAAUCCCGCUCCCAGUCUCGCUCUCGGUCCCGUUCCCGCUCUUAGUUCAGAUUUUGGACUGUUUGUCAUGAGCCCUUAUCCCACUGUCAGCCCUUGUCCUCCAUUUACAUUCCCCGAUCCCCACAACACUACCCCGCCUCCUGUUUUUUGAUAAAUAGCUGUAGAAUACCAGGCACUCUGCCCAAUGUCUUUUAUGCACACGCUACUCCAUUUCAUUUGACUUUUACUCUACAUAUUUUUUCAUUAGAGCUGUCUUGUAUGGAGGUGUUUGUAAAAUAACAGGGUGCAAUCUCAGUUUUAUAAGUUUAAAUGAUGGUAUGGUAUGUGUCUUAGCCUUUUUUUAAUCAAAUGUAGAAGCAUACUGUUUUGUCAAAAUGCUGGGUGGGAAAAUGUUCUAACAUCUCCUCACCUUUUGUGAAAUCCUCGUCUCAUUUUAUUUCAAAUUAAAAAAAAUGCCUGUUCUACA